AUGCAGUCCACAUACAUUGGCCACCUCACAACACAACCUUCACAGCUUCUUCUUUUUCUUCUUCUUCCUUCAUGUCUUGGCCUCCUCUUCCUCCUCAAACACACCUUCUACCUCCUCAGAUGGGUCUACGCUACCUUCUUCAGAUCCCACAAAGACCUCAAAAGGUACGGCCAAUGGGCCCUAAUCACCGGAGCCACAGACGGCAUAGGCAAGGCCUUUGCAUACCAACUAGCCCUUGAUCAUGGCCUAAACCUGAUCCUAGUCAGCAGAGACCCCAUCAAGCUCAAUGCAGUCUCAUCUGAUAUCCAAUCAACAUUCCCAAACAUCAAGACCAAAACCCUUGUGUUCGAUUUCACAAGUUGUAAUUAUGGUGGUUUUGGGGUUAUUGAAGAGGCUGUGAAGGGUGUUGAUGUGGGUGUUUUGAUUAAUAAUGUUGGGAUUACGUACCCGAAAGCUAAUUAUUUUGAUGAGUUGGAAGAGAAAGUGUGGAAGGACAUUGUUAGGGUUAAUUUGGAAGGGACGACUGGUGUUAUCAGAGCUGUUUUGCCUGGGAUGAUUGAGAGGAAGAGAGGUGCAGUUGUUAGUAUUGGCUCUGGUGCUGCCAUUGUUGUUCCUUCACAUCCUCUCUACACCAUCUAUGCUGCCACAAAAGCCUACAUUGAUCAACUAUCAAGGUGUCUGUAUAUUGAAUACAAGCAUUGUGGGAUUGAUGUGCAGUGUCAGGUACCACUUUAUGUUGCAACAAAAAUGGCAUCCAACGUAGCAUUCAUUGAGGGCCCAUCGUUGUUUGUGCCAAGCCCAGAAGAGUAUGCAAGAGCUGCAAUGUCUAGAGUGGGCUACGAACCACGGUGCAUACCUUACUGGGCUCAUGCCGUCCAGUCUUUCUUGGCCCAGUUAGUUCCAGAGCCCAUCCUAGAUGGUUGGCGUCUCUCCAUUGGGAUCCGCAGGAGGGGAAGUGACAAACUUGGCCCACUAGAUUUACAAGUUAAGUAGGCUUGUGUAGCUAGGCCCAUGGGCUUUAGCCUAAUAACUGAUUACCUAAUAGAU